AUGGCAGAAAAGAAAAGGAAUCCAAACUGGACAGAGGCAGAGAAAGUAAUUCUGUUACAGGAAUAUGCAAAGCGAAAAUACAUUUUAACCAGCAGGUUUAAUCCUGGGGUGACAUCUGCCCUGAAACAAAAACACUGGGAAGAAAUAACAGAAUCUGUUAACACAAGAAACACCUCAGUGAAAAGAACCCUUCAGGAAGUUAAAAAGAAAUAUGAAAAUGUGUCCUCAGCAGCAAAAAAAGAAUACAGGGAAUUUAAAAGGAGAUCUAGAAAAAGAGCUCGACCUGGACCCUCACAAACAGCUGCACAAUCAACAGCCACCUCUAUAUCUGAUUCCCUGGGACUUUCUCCAAGAAUCAUAGCUGUAUCCACCUACACUCUCCCUCCUGGUCCAAACAAGGGGCCUAUUCAACAGUCUCCACAGGUCUGGCCAGGCCCACAACUUCCUUCACUGGGUUCUCAUUCCCCACUGGACUUACAGAACACCCACAAAGUAAAGGAGUUCGGCAACCUUCAUGAGGAACUGGAUGGGAUCCGUACAGCCAUCACUAACUGUGGAAACAGGAUCGAGUCAGCCUUAGAUCCCAUUGCCUCGUCCCUCCGGGAGCUCACCCAACAUCUCGGCUCCCUGGUGGGGGUGAUGGCAGGCCAGCCCAGUCGGACAUUCAGCCACGCAGCUUGCCAGACCAUUGAGCAGGACCUUGGAGAGCAACAACUGGUUGAGUCUAAAGUUGAGGAGUCCUCCCCGCCCUGCACUGAUUCAGCUCUCUGCCAGACAAGCAGAUGACUGUAAAGAAUUA